AAAAAAAAAAAUUGUCCCAUUCAUUGUGCACUUACUGCCCAACUCAAAUCACCCAAUUCUCCACUCCUUCCCACCCAUUCAUUCUCUUUAAAGAUAAAGCAAUCCAUAAUUCAAAAAACACAGAGAGGUAAGAGAGAGUGAAAGUGUUUCUAUUUUGAAAAUAGGAAUAGAAAACAAAAAAGCUAAAGUCAAAUUAGAGAAAUGGCUUCCCAAUCCCAAAACCCUUCAAUGGCUUCGCUUUCCUCACAAAUAUGCAACCACAUAGCCUCCAUCUUCUCCAAACCAACCCACCCCCACCCACCAGUCUUAGACAUCUUAGUCGCCGAGAUUUCCUCCACGGCCGCUCGAAAUGGCCGGGUCUUCCUCUAUGGGGUGGGCCGAGAGGGCCUCAUGCUUAAGGCCUUUUGUAUGAGACUCUUCCACCUGGGCCUCUCGGCUCACUUCGUCUUCGACGUGACUACGCCUCCAGUUACCAGCAACGACCUCCUCAUCGCCUCCGCUGGCCCAGGCGGAUUCUCCACCGUCGACGCGUUAUGCUCCGUCGCACGAUCGUACGGUGGCAGAGUGUUAUUACUGACGGCUCAGCCGGAGACAGGAUCGUGUGUGAAGCAUGCGAGUGUGGUUGGAUACAUCCCCGCGCAGACGAUGGCAGACGACUCUGAUGAUGGAGAGGUGGCGAAAUCUAGGCCGUUGCUUCCGAUGGGGAGUGUGUAUGAGGGAGCUUUAUUCGUGUUGUUUGAGAUGGUGGUGUACCAGUUGGGCGAUGUAUUGAAUCAGAGCCCCGAGGCUGUACGAGCUCGCCAUACCAAUCUGGAAUGAUAUUAGGCCACGUGUAUAGGAAUGACCUUAAUACUUUCCCCCACUCUCUUAUUUUAUUUAUUUAAAUUGGUUUAUCCCAAAAACAAAAAUAAUAAAAAAUGGUAAUUGUGAGAAUGGGGUUUAGCAUUUGGAAGGUGAAUAAAACUUUGUAAUAAUUUUGUCUAGAUGUCUUAUUUUAUUUUAUCUGAUUAAUUUUGCAAUGCAUUAUGUUAUCUGAAGAUUGAAUUGAAUAUUUUCUUUUUGCA